UCGUGGGCUUACAGCUUAGAGCAAAUAAAAUUGUAAUUCAUAAUCCCACUUUAAAUAAAUUAAUUGAAUUGAUAACGUGCAGUAAUGUAGUAGAAAAAUCUUUAAAAAUGUGUCUCUAAAAGUGUAAUGUGUUGUUAAUAUAUCCAAUUAUUCCUACAUGUGGUAGUCUGAGCCAGCUAUGUCGACAAAACAUUUUAUACUCGUCUGUUUACUAUCUCUCUGUUCGUCAACUGUAGCUUCGGACGAGCCUAAAGAGUUCGUGGUAGACUGUAGUACGUUAAGGUUAGGGCAGUACAUUUGCCCGGAUCCGAGUAUAGACCAAAUAGACCCGGAUACGCAGCAGUUUAGAGGCUGUUCUCCUGGGAAAGAUGUGCCUUCAGAAGGGGAGGCAGAAGUGUUAUGCAGAGCUGCUGAUGGAAUAAAAUGCGAAGGAACCUCAAAUUCCACCUUCAAGAGAAAGAUGCCAUGCAAAUGGACAAACGGAUACGCGUUGGAGAUAGCGCUGCUGCUCUCCGUGUUCCUGGGGAUGUUCGGAUUAGACCGGUUCUAUCUCGGGUAUCCGGGCAUCGGGCUGGCAAAGCUGUGCACGUUGGGAUUCAUGUUCUUAGGACAGCUUUUGGACAUUAUCUUGAUAGCUGCACAGGUUGUAGGCCCAUCAGAUGGCUCAGCCUACGUCAUCCCCUACUACGGAGCCGGGGUAACAGUCAUCCGCAGCGACAACGAAACCUACCUCCUGCCGCAGACCGACUGGCACAACAUCACUUGACAGUGGGGCACUAUCUCUUUUGUUGAAGACGAGGACUAUGAGUGGACUUGAUUGUGGGAGUUCUAUUAUGUUGGUUAAUUUUUUUUUGUGGGGUCCAGAAUUUUUUAGUACAGCGGUGUGACACCGCAACGACGCUAUUGGUUGAUGAGUUCGCAUCACGCGCGCGAUUGGUCGCAACAAGUUGCGUUAGACUGCACGAUUGGCUCGAAUUCGUGAGUGACACCGCUGAACUGGUACCUGGUACAUUCUUAGUGCCCGUAGGGCGUUUUUAGAUAUACGUCAAUGUUGGAGACCCUUGAUUUAACACUGUAAAUAUGUAAAGCUUAUGCUUUGUAGAGUCUGACCACGAGCUCCGUGUAUUUCAUGCGUGGUUUGGGUGCAAACG